GAGCACGUGAAGGAGGCUCCGUGCAUCCUGUCGGCUCGUGAGUGGUGAAUGCACAUGUUGCUCGCCUAUUAACGUAGACACUCCGUGGGCACCGAUGUGACAACCACAGUAAGACUUAGGUUCUGGAUGCUGUACGCUGCCUGCUGUAUUCACACCGCAGGAGCAAGAAUCUGGAAUAUGACUAUGCACACCGACCACUUUGUCACGGACUUCAGUUUUGUCUCUCUGGAGUCAAUCACACAGGGGUCACCUGUCCCAAGGCUCCUUUCAAGUGGACACUCAUCAGAUGGCGUUGUGUCCCUUUUCUGACACUAAUACCACAAAACAUUGUAGCACCUUCACCAGGAUUUGAACCCAGGUUUACUGGAUUGAAAAGCCUGUACACUGACAACAAGCCAGGGUCAUGGGACUCUAUCACACGUGGAUCACCUGUCCUAAGAGUCCUUCCAACUAAGCACUCAACAGAUGGCCUUGUGUUUAACCACUCCUCUUUUGACACCAAUUAUCACAGAACUCAGAGUAGUACCUUGAACACAGAUUUGAACCCAGGUUUAUUGUGUUGAAACAGCUGUACACUAACCAUGAGUCAGAUUAUUUGUGAGUCCAUCGUACAUCGUUCAGGUGCCCUAAGGGUCCUUCCAACUGGGCACUCAACAGACGUCCACCUGUCUUUCGUCUGACACCAAUUAUCACAGAACUCUGAGAAGUAUCACCUUCAACUCAGAUGAUUUGAAUCCAGGCGUAUUGGGUAGAAAAAGCUGUACACCGAUUUACAAGCCAGGCACUUUGGGAGUUUUUUGUACAGGGGUCACCUGCUGUCCGGUGGCAGGCCCAUGUCACUUAGAGGUGCCCCAUUCCAAUCAUCCUCGCGCCUCACCCAUCUCCAGGGUCUCUCGCACCAGUUCCAAGGGUCCCAAGGAGCAUCCUAUAUAUGACAUUUGUCACAGAAUUCUUAGGAGUACCGUCAACUUUCAUGUGACCCAAGGUUAAGUAGGUUUAAAAACAUGUACAUUGAGCACGACAACCAAAGAAUCAGGUUCUUUGACAUGGUAAUCAGAUUGGACGUAUGGCACGCAUACACAGUAGUAACAGCGUGUUCAGUCAGACAAACUCUUCUGUCCAGUAUCAGGCCCAUGUUGCUCACAGGUGCUCCAAUGCGCAAACCAUAAUUUCCAAGCAGCCAUGCAACUGGGCCAUCCCACUUCUGACACCAUGUGUCAUGGAAUUCUAAAACUCCAGUUUUUAGAGUCAUGCAAAAAUGUGUUUAUGUGUUUAUCCAAGAGAAGUGUGAUGUAAUUAUAGAUUAAAGACAAAAAUGCAGAAAAGCAGCCACUUUUCAAAAUGGAUUAUAACUAUACACCUUGGUAAGGUAUUAACGACACUGAUCAUAUUUCUCCUCUGUGUUCCUGCAGUUGUUUUUGGCGCAUUGCCAACAUAAUGGUAAUUUUAGUAGAGGCACCAUCUUUCAAAUUAUGCUAUGACAAGGCUGAUUAAUGUGUUCAUUACUGUAAUGGCCUUUAUGACAAUGUCGUGAUAUCACCUUCUACCUGUGGUGAAACCUAGAAAAAGGUGUGCACUUUGGUCUGACACAGCACAGGACAGAGUCCAGCAUCAUUGUGGUACUGGCACAGUUGGUUCCUUUGCUUCACAAUAUGAUGUUAGCUCCUCUGACUCAAAACUGCUCCAACUGCAGCCAGGUGUUGGCCCCAGAACUCAGCAUUGUCAAGGCUGUUGUUCUGGGCUUGGUGCUCGGUGUUUUUAUUGUGUUUGGUGUAGUUGGAAACAUUCUGGUUAUCCUCUCAGUAGUUUGCCACAGACACCUGCGGACAGUGACUCAUUAUUUCAUCGUUAAUCUAGCAGUGGCAGACCUGCUACUCAGCUCCACAGUGCUACCCUUCUCCGCCAUAUUUGAGAUCCUGGAUCGUUGGGUGUUUGGAAGAGCUUUUUGCAAUGUUUGGGCAGCUGUAGAUGUGCUCUGCUGCACCGCCUCAAUCAUGAGCCUGUGUGUGAUCUCUGUGGACCGCUACAUUGGGGUCAGUUAUCCCUUGCGUUAUCCAGCUAUAAUGACAAAGCGCAGGGCCCUAUUGGCUGUCUUGCUGCUGUGGGUGCUGUCUGUCACCAUAUCCAUCGGACCUCUCUUUGGCUGGAAAGAGCCGGCGCCUGAGGAUGAUUCCAUUUGCAAGAUCACAGAAGAGCCGGGCUAUGCCAUCUUCUCUGCUGUGGGCUCCUUCUACCUCCCCCUGGCCAUCAUCCUGUCGAUGUACUGUAGGGUGUAUGUGGUGGCCCGCAGAGAGAGCCAGGGCCUGAGGGAAGGCCACAAAACAGAGAAAUCGGAUUCAGAGUUUGUUAUACUGAGGAUCCAUAGAGGCAACACGGCUGUAAGCGAGGAUGAGGCUCUUCGUAGCCGCACACAUUUUGCUCUUCGAUUGCUCAAGUUCUCUCGGGAGAAGAAGGCCGCCAAGACUUUGGGCAUUGUCGUGGGCUGCUUUGUACUGUGCUGGAUGCCUUUCUUCCUGGUCCUUCCCAUCGGCUCCAUCUUCCCUGCUUACAGACCACCAGACACAGUCUUCAAGAUCACCUUCUGGUUGGGCUACUUUAACAGCUGCAUCAACCCCAUCAUCUACCCGUGCUCCAACCAGGAGUUUAAGAAGGCCUUCCAGAGUUUACUGGGAGUUAAAUGUCUGCGAGCCGCUCCCAGACAGCAUCAUCAUCAUCUGGGUGCAAGCCAGAGUCAAACACAAGGCCACAACCAGCCCCUGACUCUGAACCUUGCCGACGGGGGGGCAUCCUGUCGGCUCAGUCCCUCCUCCCCCGUUGCCCUGUCCAGAACCCCAUCCUCCCGGGACAGUAGGGAUUGGAGAGUUUUCUCGGAUGGUCCCACCGGUGGAAACGGACCGGCAGAGACGAGUAGAAAAGUGGCCAAACUGUGCAGUAAAAGUGUCCAGCGCACCUGCUGCUGCAUCCGCAGUGGAGGGAGUCCCCCACAGGAGGCAAAUUGUGCCCAGACCCCACCAGUCCUUCCCACUAUUAAAAUCCAUCAACUGUCCUUGUCGGAUAACGGGGAGUCUGUAUAAGCACGGUAGUCCAUCAGCUGAGUCGAGCCAGCAGUUUAAAAGUGAAAACAUCACAGUCGAUAUGCUGUAUGUGAUCCCGUGGAGAGGAUGCUUGGUGGUACAGCUUGAAGGAUGUCUCAGCAAAAGUUACUUAGGUGGUGCAAGGCGUCAUGUUCACAUACUGGGCCAGUCCACCGAAUCAAUGCCAUUUGUUUGUUGUAACGCACUCAUAAUAAACUUACAUUUCUGUCUUUUUUUCAACUCAAAAGUGUAUUAGCCCAUUUCAGGCAACCUUAUUUAAUUGUUUUUUAAGUUUCCUAAACCGACGAUGUCUCAUUUGACUAAAAGCACUUCAAGCAACAGGAAUUGAAAGGAGAUUGGUUCGAAUCUUCGCUCGGGCAUCUGUGUGGUAGUUUGUCAAAUGAUUAAAAAUUAAACUGUGGGGGGGGACACUACACUAUGCCUCCGUUUUGCCGUCAUAACAGCGAGGCGUGGCUUGAAAUGACGCGCAUGCGUUAAUUACGCGGAAAUUAACGUAAUUUCUUACCGCCAUUAAGGCAGUCUUUUUGACAGCCCUCAUUUUUAAUCAUUUCACAACCCCAGCAUGUUUUAUUUCCUCCAGCGGACCCAUAUGGCACAGAUUCAGUGGAUCGGUCCGAUUGCAUUCUACUGUUGAAUAGCAUGAUAAAUAAUGCAGGUCAUUGUUGCUUGCAUACUUAUAUGUCCCAUGACAGUAAAGAUGUGUUUGCCCAGCCAGAUAUUCAUGGGGAUAUUUGUGGUCUCCAUCCCCUUGGUAUGAAAAACUCAAAAUAUAACCCAUCUAAACUUGAGGUCCGUAUCUCUGCAUCUUCCCACAAAUUCAUGCACCUCCUUGGCUGCAUGGGCCAGAUGGAGGUCUUAAUAUACUUCUGUGGAAUUUUAGUUGACCUUGUGGUUGCUGACCUCAAUCCUGCCCCAGCAGACGUAGAUGCACACAUACAACAUGUCACGUCCGUGGAGGGUGAUUUUCAUGGCUGCGGCAUUGCUUUAUUCCCUCAGGGUGCUUCUUCUGUGGUGGAGUAUGAGGCCGUCUGCAUUGUCACGCCAGUGUCACCUUCCGCGCAUUAAGCUUGCUUGAACAAGCGUGAGCCGACAGCUUUCUCACCAGGGAGCAACCAUAGUGCUUGUCACUGGCUGGCACGUCCGCCAUCUUUGCACAGAUGCCGUUAGCAGAGGCACUAACAGCGGCCAUAAAGCACAGAUGAUACCGCUGACCUAUUUCUCACCUCCCUCUGUUGUCUCCUGCAGUAGGACCAUCAGCCCUGCCGGCAGAUACCUGUGUCGUGAUAUGGCGAUUUCCGUACGAGGUAGCUGCUAAUGAAUACCAUGAUUAGACAUGGCGCUCUGCAAGAGUCGCAUGUGAACUACAGAGUAGGGUUGCCAUGUUGCGAUUAAACCACCAGUUCCACCUCUUCUUGAGGGUAUUUAACGCAAUCAGGAGCUGACAAUUGAGUUCUUAAUUAGCGAUGUAACAACGGCUGAUCCAUACUGGAAGACAUUCUCUGGUCGAGUAAGACUCGCAAGAUGUGAAUGAUAACCGACACACUAUUAUAGAAGUAAAAUACAAAGACUCAAAAUAAUCCUAAAGUCACGAUCCGCAGCACACACAACUACAUCCGUGCGCGGAUGCCAUUUAAUGAAUGCGAUCGCUCCUCUCGCAGUAAUAGCAGCCGCCACCUUGCGCAGAAGAAAUAGUCAACGACUUGAAAUAAAUAAUCCACAAAGUCAGGGAAAUUGCGGCAAUGCAGCAGAAUAGAAGCGACGGGACAAGCGAAAGGUCCAAAGCACGCAUGCUCAGUGUGAGCGUGAGAGGGAAUCACACCAAAAUGGCCUGGUGAGAAGUGUGCCAUCUCAUAAAUAGACUUGCUAGAAGGAAAUAUUCAGUGGAUUGAAUAUACGCCCCAAUUUUAGUAUUGUUUGGUUUUUGCCGAAAUUUUGCCCGGCUUCUUGUACGCCGUCUCCGUUAUUGUACAGUAUUGAAGUAACAAACUGGCCCAUUUGUUUAUCAUUCCGCAGGAUCGAGUGCCCAAAGCCUCUGACGCCUUGCUGACUCAGUGUUCGUGCAUUUUUUUUUAAAUUGAGUGUGACUGCUAAAUAACCCGCCAUGGGGCCAAAGAGAGUUGCGAGUGCCAGCAAUUUCAUAAAGAAGGUGAAAAAAGCUAGGGAAUUCAAGAAAGAACUCAACACAAAAUACGAAGGUGUCCCUCACCGCUUCUCGCCGUAUUCGCCAACAAGAUUCUUGAUGAUGUUAAAUGUUCAUUUGUCCAUUGUCAGUAUUUUGCAUUGUUUUCGAAGUAAUAACGAAAACUGAGAUUCAACAACAGUGCCUAAAAUGAGACACCAGGCUGUUACGCCAGCACAAACGUAAAAUAGUCUAAAAUAUGGCCUCUCCCCUUUUCAUGGUAUCCUCUCUUCGGAAGUCUUUCCACAAGAUUUUAAAGCGCAUCUGUGUAAAUAUUUUUCCUUCCACCCAGGAUAACAUUGCUGAGGUAAGAGGUCACCGAUCUUUGAGCUCACUUUCUGCUCUAGUUCAUCCCGAAGGUGUUUUAUGGGUUGAUGUCAGGGCUUGCAAGUACUAAAGUAAUCUAAGCGUGCCUUUGUGGACGUCACUUUGUGCACUGGUGAACAAAAGAGGGCCAUCCCUAAGCAUCCCUAACUGGGUGAUUCAGAGAUGUGUCCCAAUACUUUUGUGCCUAUAUUGUUUCUAUUUCAGUGUACUGCCGAGCACUGUCUGUGACUCAUGGAGCUCGGUGCAGGUCCCAAGGGGGAUCAGCUUUGUGACGUCUUCCUGAGGCUUUUUCUGUCCUUGCAAAGCUCCCGUCAGUGGGUGGAGACGUUGACAGUAGUAUCCCUCGUUUCCAGUUUAAUCAAAGUGCCGAGCUUUAAUGGGACAACAGCCAGGGGCUCCCAGUCGGUGACGUGCGGUGAGGUUCAUGGCUGGUGAGACACAAAAACUGCGUUGUAGUUUUUUUUUUAUGUUGAGAAAGGUUGCUCAUAAAAAUGGUAAA